UCUGAACUGUGGUUUUCCUCUCAGGGAAGAGCUAAAGCACUGAAUUAGUCAGUCUGCUGUACACAUGCUGACAGCACAGCGAAGAAACCAGUUCCCUAUUUAACAAAUACAGUAUAUUCCACAAGAACUGUCUGGAAUGAAGAGUUCUGCUCGUCCCUUGGGUGCACUAACCAAACAAGGAAACCAUGGAACUGAACGGGCAAAAGCUAUUCCUACUAUCGCCUUCGGAAUGAGAACAUCAAGAUCAACCAAUUCCUUGGCCUUUGAGUCCCGGCUUACCAAGCUAAAAAGAGCAAGCAGUGAUGACAUGCUCACUAAGCCGGGCGUCAGUACAGCUAUUGCCGCCCCCAGACUAAAGAAGACUAUAACCGCCGGAGCAAUUUCGGAGCUUGCAGAAAGCAGACUCAGGAGCUCUACAGGAACAAGACGUUCUGGUAUUCCAGCACCUCGAGAAGUGCCAACUCCUAUUACAAGAGACAGAUCCACUGUACGUACUUCUGUCAAUGUUAAAAAAACACUGCCAAGUCCUACCUCUCCUUCCUCUGCAACACCAACAAAGAACAUUCGUACUCCUUCUUCAAAGCCGAAGCAAGAAAAUGAUGGAAGCAACAAACCCUCCCUGGAAUCUCAGGUUAAGGAACUCCUGGCUGAAGCAAAAACUAAAGAUUUUGAAAUUAGCAAGCUUCGUAGUGAGCUGAAGAAGUGGAAAGAAAAGGAGUCUCCAAGUCCUGAAGUGCUGCAAAAUCUACUGGAAUCUUUGACAGAUAUGCCAUGUGGUGACUCAGAGACCUUAAUAAGGAUGCUGAAAGAGAAAAAUGUGGCCUUUCAGAGUGAGCUUGUCAUGCUCAGGAAAGAAAACCAAGAUUUAAAGCAGAGACUGUAUUCUCUAGAGCAGUCCCCUCUUUCUGACACUGUCACCAGCAAUGGCAUAAACAGUAGCCUUCUGUCUCCAUCAACUCAAAGGUCAAGCAUAGAAAACCAGUUAAAGAGUCCAUUAACUGGUGAAUCAGUUGAUUGCAGGUUAGGAGGAAGCGGCCUUCAUAUAUCAGGCUCUUCAAGUAGUGAUGUGACUAAAGCUUCUCUAUCACCUGAUGCCUCUGAUUUUGAGCAUAUUGCUGAUAUGCCAUCAAGACCAGCAUCAUCCGGAAGUAUUCCAUGCCAAGGUUCCAAGUGCUCGACUAGUGGAAGCUCUCCAAAUAAUGUCAGUGACCUAUCUGUAGCCUCCUUAACUGAAAGGAUACAUAAGAUGGAAGAAAAUCAUCAUAGCACAGCAGAAGAACUCCAGGCUACUCUACAAGAAUUAUCUGAUCAACAGUUAAUGGUACAGGAGCUGACAACGGAAAGUGAAAAGUUAGUGGAAGAAAAAGCUUUUUUGGAAAGUUCCUUACAGCAGCAAAGACAGAAGACAGAACAGCUUACUCAAGAAAAUGAGAAGCUGAUGGGACUCUUGAAAGAAAGAGCAAAUGUAGAAGAAACUGAGCUUCAGAACAAGCUUUCCGAGGUGGAGAAUAAAUAUGCAGAGCUUCUUGAAAAGUCUCAGUUUGAAAGAGAAAAACUGUUGAACAUUCAACAGCAGUUAACAAGCAGCUUAAGAAGCUUGGAGAAGGAACAUCAGGAAGAUCAUGGGACGAUUAAAAAAUAUAAGGACGAAACUGAAAAACUUCAAAAUCUUCUUGAAGCUGAAAGAAGAGGAAACAGUGGCAUGGUCAAGACCAUAGAGGAUCAAAAUGUCACAAUUGAAGGCUUAAAGAUAGAGAAUAAUUGCCUAAAAUCUCAGUUGGAUGGCGAACGACAAAAAGCUGCUGAAAUCACUGCAAUGGGGAAUAGUGCUGGUACAUCAGAGAUACAGGAUAUGUUAAAAUCUGCUCACAAGGAAAAGGAACAUUUAGAACUUGUAUGUUCAGAGCUUAGACAAGAACUGCUUAGGGCAAACAGCGAAGUGAAACAAUUGCAGUGUUUACUUGCCAAAGUGGAAACUGAGUGCCACGAGCUGAAGCAGCUGGGUGACCAGCGAGAAGAGCAGCUGAAAUGUGCGAACAAGAAGUUGCAGGAGAAAAGCUCAGACAGAGAGACAGAGAUAAAAGACAUGAAGGACACCAUCUAUGAUCUAGAGGACCAAGUAGAGCAGCAUCGGGCAGUCAAAUUGCACAACAGCCAGAUCAUCAGUGAUCUGGAGAACAAAGUUGCUAAGCUGGAGGAGCAAAAGCAAGAACUGGAAAAACAGAUGAAGCUUCUGUCCAAACAGAUGAAGGAAGAUACUGAAGAGUGGAAACGUUUCCAAGCAGAUUUGCAGACUGCGGUGGUAGUUGCAAAUGAUAUUAAGUGUGAAGCUCAGCAAGAGUUACGGGCUGUGAAACGUAGGCUUCUGGAAGAGGAGGAGAGAAACACUCGAUUACACAGGGAGCUGGAAAGCGUACAGGGAAGCAGGCAAUCACUGAAUGAAGAGGAAACUGCAGAUGGUGACACUGGCAUCCGAUGGCAAGGUGUAAACCUGAGCCAACUACCAACCUCAUCCUCUGAGUUUCCAGCCUCUGUCAAGUCCUUAAUCAAAUCAUUUGACCUAGGACCCCAAGGUAGUGUUAGUCAGAACAUACCAGUUCAUACGGUUCCACGCAGUCCUUUAAGUGGUAUCCCUGUCAGAACUGCACCUGCCGCUGCCGUAUCACCUAUACAGCGACUUUCAACUUCUAGUCAUACAAAGUUCUCAGGCAAAGACUCAGAGAGGCAUUUAGACUUUUCAGAUAAAAUAAAGGGACAAAGAGAAGAUGUUAUUCCAGAUCGUUUUCCACGGAAAAGUCCAUCUUUAGAAUCCCUCAAUACACAAACCUUUGGGUCCAGAAAUUCUCACAUGGUGACAGACAGUGGAACAACGCACAGUAAACUAAGUGUGGAAAGGAAGGAUCCUUUAGCCGCUUUAGCCAGAGAAUACGGAGGCUCCAAAAGAAAUGCUCUACUGAAGUGGUGCCAGAAGAAGACAGAGGGGUAUUCAAAUAUUGAUAUCACUAACUUCAGUAGCAGCUGGAGCGAUGGUUUGGCAUUCUGCGCGCUCCUGCAUACAUACUUACCAGCCCAUAUUCCAUACCAGGAGCUCAACAGCCAAGAUAAGAAAAAAAAUCUAAUGCUGGCAUUUCAAGCGGCGGAAAGUAUAGGAAUCAAACCCAGUCUGGAGCUCAAUGAGUUGAUGUUCACAGACCGGCCAGACUGGCAGAGCGUCAUGCAUUAUGUGGCUCAGAUCUACAAGUACUUUGAGACAUAGAGGAGAAGUGUGAUCCAUGAAACUACAGAGGAAGCACAAAUUCACUUUAUUGGCCAAGUCUAUCACAUCAUGUGACAAGCAGGAGCUUCCCAAUACUUGAAAGAGCCAUAAUUCUCCCCAUCCCAAGAGGACAGGACACAGAAGGUGUAACUUCAGAUCGAAAGAGCCAUUAUUAUUAAAUAUCCAAUGGACUCUAGGGGUUACCUAAAGAGUUUACCCAUUCAGCUUUAUAUCUAUCAGCAUGUGGCCUGCCGUGAUGCUGUGUAGGCUUAUUUAGGCCUUGUACAUAACACAUGUCCACGUUUUAGAAUGUUUGAGGAUAUACGUGGGUGUCCUCAGUCCUACAAAAGGUGCAAUUACAUUCUCAGCAUAAAAAGGAAAUUCUUUUUAAACAAGUAUAUGCAAUUCUUGGGUCUAAUAUUUUUAAAGAAACACUAAAAACUAUUAAAAAAAAUUGUGUCACAGCAAAAAGUUCUUUUUACUUUAAAUUCAUUCAUAAACACUAACAUUUUAACGUGAAUAGUAUGUUUAAUUAGAUUUUUGAUAGACUUUUAUAGAUGAACUUUCACAAGAUGAACUGCAAAUAGCUGUUGUGGUGCCAAAUAAGGAGAUGCUUGCAUUGUGAGAUAUAUUAAAUAUAUAUGAGGGGGCAAAAGAGAAGACUAAAAGCUGUUGAUGUUACAUGAGUAGCGAAACGCAGAAUGACCUCUGCUAACCUCUGUGGCUUUUGACCAGAUUUAUUAGUGGCACUGUUGUACUAGAAAUGUGUAAAAUACAAAUUGUCUGCCAUUAAAUAUUUUGCAUGAGACAUAAAAAUAUGACAAAUUAAAGUAAAUGAAAUGUACUAAACAGAAGUGCUUUAUUUAUUUUUUUUGUUUAUUUUUUUUUUAAAGUAAGCAAACAAAUACAAUUAAUUGAUACAUCCACUUAAAGGGAUAGUAAAUCCAAUUUUUUUUCUUUCAUGAUUCAGAUAGAACAUGCAAUUUUAAGCAACUUUAUAAUUUGCUCCUAUUAUCAAUUUUUCUUCCUUCUCUUGGUAUCUUUAUUUAAAAAGCAGAAAUGUAUGUUUAAGAACCGGCACAUUUUUGGUUCAAAACCUGGGUUUCACCUGCUUAUUGGUGGCUAAAUAUAACUAACCAAAGUUCUGAACCAAAAAUGGGCCGGCUCUUAAACAUACAUUUCUGCUUUUCAAAUAAAGAUACAAAGAGAAGGAAGAAAAAUUGAUAAUAGGAGAAAAUUAGACAGUUGUUUACAAUUGCAUGCUGUAUUGGAAUCAUGAAAGAAAGAAAAAUGGGUUUACUGUCCCUUUAAGGUUUCUCUGUUAGAGAAAAUGUUAAUAAAAUAAUAAAUGAAUUAACCAAAUUUGUAUUCAUGAAUAGGGGGAAAAUUUGUUCAAAUUCAUUAUUCAGUUUUCAAAUGAAGACUUAAAUUAAAAAAAUGCAUGUCUAGUACUCAUACAUAUAAUUCACUGCCAAACAAAAAUACAAUGCAGGGGCUGCAAUGGUCUAAUCCAUAAGCUCUUUUUUUUUUAGUGUCCUGCUGUUCAAAUAGCACAUUACAUUGUUUCAGAAAGAAACUUUUGAAUAUCAAUUGCAUUAAUUUGCCCUUAGUGAACGAUCCCUAUUGGCAUGUGACAGCAUCUCAUAUUGUUUCUGUUUUUUAACAGAGUAUAUUUUCCAUUAUCCACAAAUUGCAAUACAAAGCCCGUUUAAGAUAAAAAAAAUAUUUCACAACUGUUUUCCUGUAUGCUAAACACUGCAUCCUCAUUAUUGUUUAUGUUUAAUAAAUGAAUUGUUUUAAUAACAAAGUGUUCUAUUCAAAAUAAUAAACAUCCUAUGGAUCUAGA